UCAAUGUCUGUUGUCCAGACUAAAUCACCAUAACGACUAGAUAGCUAUUUUUGCUUGUCGGCGGAACUAAAAACGAUGAUAUAAAAUUAAAAUGUGAAAAUUUGACAGCCAACCAGCCUGUAUUUUCUUCAUAUAUAUAACGUUUGAUAUUUCAUCAAUUUAUGUAUUUAAUUUCUGCGUCCGACAAGUUCUGAAGUAACUUCUCCAAAAUGGCUGCGCCACUGCCAGCCAUCCACAACACAGGAGGCCAUUCACCCAUCCAUGAUCAAGCCAUUGCACAGCACCGAGUCCCAAGCCCUCCCAGCAAAUCCAGGCCACAGGAUCAAUAUGUCAAACCCAAGCUGAAAGGCCAGGGCAGGAGGGAGCGAGAACACAUGAUGAAACAGCAACUGUUGAAGAACAAGAAGCCGAGCCUGACAAAACUUGAUACACAGAAGUAUCGCAACACAUCCUUUCACAACCUGUGCCUUGAGAUGUUAAAGGAUGGUUUCCAUCGCUCCUUCUCAGAGGUCUUUGCCUUGGUUCAGCAGCAGAAGGCUGAGAUAGAUGCAGCAGGACCAGACUCCCUGCUGCAAGACCGGCGUCUACUGGCAGAACAGGAAGCCAAGCUGGAGGAGAUGAAGAAGAGAUUAACUGAGGCAGAGUUGGCUCUCAGGAUAGAUGACAUGGACGGCGUCUUCACAGCCAGAAACCUCCUUGCUGAAUACUUCUUAGACACAGGGGAUCUGUGGCUGUCAGAUCAUUUCUUCAUCUCGUGUCUUGAGAUGGCACAGAAGAUCAAAGGAGACGGGAGGAGGAAAGAGGGAGAAGCUCAUUGUAACAUGGGUCGUGCUUACGAGAGGAGAAAGGAGUACCAAGAAGCAGUCGAGCAUUUUGAGAGCUUUGAUGAGCUGACAUCCAAGAACCCUGACUGGACAAAUGCCGAGGGACAGAGCCUUCACUCAGAGGCCUGUGAGCAUCUCAGGCGGCUGUACACAACGAUUGCUGAGACGUACCAGCAAGGAGAGGACAAGGAUCUUCAGGAAGCAAUCACUAACUUGCUGAAAGCAUUUGAGAAGGCUAAAGAAAGUGGAGAUGGGCAGAAGGAGGGAGAGGCCAGCUACAGGUUAGGUCUCGCCUACGAAGGCAUCGGUGACUCAGAAACAGCACUCAUGUACCAUACAGGGUUCAUGGACAUCUGUAAGAAGUUGGGAGACCAGGAUGGUAUGGGCAAAGCCUGCGAAGCUAUCGCCAAAUCAUAUGAAAAACAAGGAAAACUUGACGAAGCAGUCAGAUACUUGGAGAUGUUUGAGGACAUUGCUGAGAAGAGUAACCAGUUGACAGCACACGGAAAUGCCUGCAGUUGCCUCGGAGCAAUCUACAAUUCCUUGGGAAAGUACAAGAAAGCCUCCCACUACUUUGGCAGUGCCUUCAACAUUGCCCGUAGUAUGGACAACCCUGUCUUCUUUGAGACGAUGAGGGCGGAGUUUGGGAUAGCCAACGCCCACCGAGCCCUGAGUCGAUUCAUGGGAGUGAUUGAGAGACCUGAUAAGACCAAUACGCUGAAACUGAUUGACUGGAAGGAUGUCAGGAAUGACCAGAUGGCGGAGGAGGAAGAUGAGCCAAGUGAGUGAUCAAGCAGCGCCAACUUUUGGACAGUAUAUUCCUUCUAAAUUCCCCUAAAUUUCAAUCCAUUUGUAGAAAAGAUAGAAUUAAACAAACACAGAUAAACUAUAGUUUCUUAAGAAGAACAAUAUCAUCCAAGAACAAAGGUUGUAGUAAGAGACAAGAAAUAAAGCCACUGUCCUGACAGGCAAUAAUCUUCCCCUCCCAAGAUUGUUUGAUUGUACCUUUUUGUACAGCGACAGCAGACCAAUUCAAAUUAAAAAGAGUGUCAUCUUGUCCCGAAAGAACAAUGCUUGGAUUAACACUCUUGUAUCUGUUCAUUUUAAAAUAUGUUCCUAAAGAGAGCAAGAAGAUUAGUUGUUCAUGUGACACCCCCCCCCCCUCCUAUACUUUAAGAAAUCUGAAGACUUUAACUUGUGUUUUUAAGAUUUACAGAACAAUAUUGAUGAGAAACGGAGCUUAAUAAUUCAGGUUAUUUGGGGGAUUUCCGUUAUAUUGUAUAAACAUUGUAUAUAGGGUUUACAGUUUCAUAAUCUAUUCAAACCAAUACAUUGUAUUCCCUUAAAUUUGAUGGUUUUGAGUCGUUGAGUAAAUUGUAUAUUUAAUGGUAGUUUUUAUCUUUGUAAAGAUGAUACACUGUACUUUAUUAAGAAAUGUAUAUAUUUUUGUUUCAUGCGUCCGUCCAUCAACAAAACGUUUUUCAGGUCAUGCAUUGCUUUGUAUGCAUCACAUAUGGUUGCCUUUAGGCAAUUUGUGCCAUUCCAUCCAGUGUUUAAAAAUGUCCACUAUCAUUCCAUUCUCUGUCCAGGAACUAUAUUUCUUGUGAUCUAAUAAAAGAAAGAAUGAUGAAUACAAA